AUGCUGUGGCAUAAAAUCUCACAUAAAGUUAAAAUUAAUAACUCAGUAAAUUCAAAAGAUAUUCUUAAAUCAUAUAAUUUGAGGCCAGUGGAGAUGCUCAGCCUCCAUUUAAAUGAGGCGAUCCAGAAUUGGCAACUGAGGCGUGCAGACGUUCGUUGUCCGCCCGAAGGAGGCUUAAUUGUUGGAAAAGAAGAUUCAAUUGGUCACGCAAUUGAUCGACUUGAUGGGCGGAUGCGAGGGCCUGCAGUUGAGCAUCUGUCAGGCGGCUUUCCCUUUCUGCGAGUUCUUUUCGGAGAUUUUCGACUUCACUCUCAAGAAGGCAGCAUCGUGUAUGGGCUUCACAACACGAGAAAUUUCCAGUUGAAACAGGAGGUGCAGGUCCGACCCCAUUGCCGAACUGAUUUCCAGCAAAACCUUGUGGCCUGCUUACAUCUGCGGACACCGAAGAUGCUCGUACAAAAUUCUUACGUAGGGCAUGCGAUGGCCGAUGUUCAGGAGAAUUCCAAGCGCUGA